AUGAAUUCGAAUCAAGAUUGGAACUUUGAAAUGUUCAUGGCCACGGCACCCAAGAAGGGAUUUGGGGAUGAGUAUGUCCGUGGAGAUGGCAACAUCACCACAACGGCUGGGCUUCAAGAUUUUGUAAUCAGUAGUCAAUAUUUCAAAAUCCUUGAAUUUAUCAACGUUCAGCGACGAAAGAUCAUUCAUCAACGCAAAGAAUUGACUCGGUGGCGGCGGCAUUUUGACUGGCUUCAAUCGUCACGAGGUUUGGGGUGA